AUGGCAGAGCCAGGCCGCCCCGAGCGGUCCCAGUCGUCGACCUCGUUAGCCCGCCUGCACCACGGCGGCAGCGGCCCAGUGCCCGAGGACCCCGUCGACUCCAGUCUCGACUUUUGCAAUGCGUUCUGGGGCCAGGGUGAUCGUGGGUACGAGGUGAUCAUGGCGCGCCUGCGUGGCGCGGCGCGCACCGUUGACGAGCUGCGGCAGUUCUGGAAGGAGCGCGCGGCCAUCGAGGAGGAGUACGCAAAGCGCCUCUCCAAGCUGUCCAAGAUGACGAUUGGCAAGGACGAGGUCGGCGAGCUCUCAAGAGCCCUCAAGGUCGUGCAGGAGGAGACGUCGGCGCAGGCCUCAUACCACAUGCAGCUGUGCCAGGAGCUGCACCAGAAUGUCGAGACGCCCACCCUCGACCUCGCCAACAAGUAUGCCGACCUCAAGCGCGGGCCGCAGGCGAGCAUUGAGAAGUCGUGGCGGAACAAGGGCUUACAGGAGGGGCACGUCGCCAAGGGCGACUGCGUCAAGCUCAACUCGUUCACGGCCAACAAGCAGCUCGUGCAGGGCCGAGAACUCGACAAGCUCGAGAGCAAGAUUGAUCGCGUCAAGCAGACGAUCAGCAGCAACGAGAAUGAUUUCCGCAAUUUUGUCAGCGUGCUCGAGCAGACGAAUGCCAAGUGGGAGAACGACUGGCGCAACUUUUGCGACACGGUCCAGGACCUCGAGGAGGAGCGCAUGCAUCACACCAAGGACAUCGUGUGGGCGUAUGCGAACGCCGUGUCGCAGGUGUGCGUCGAGGACGACAGCUCGUGCGAGCGCAUGCGAGAGAACCUUGAGGGCUUCGACCCCCUGACGGACAUGGUCAACUUUGUGCGCGGAUGGGGCACAGGCGACCAGAUUCCCGACCCGCCGCGCUUCAUCGACUACUCGCGCGGCGAGUACCACCCAGACCCCUCGUUCCACCAGGCCAAGUUCAAGCGCCUGUCGAAUCGGCCGCCCGUCCCCGUCACUCGUGGACCGGAUCCCGAGUCGGAGCCCGAGGACGUCGCCCCGUCUGUUGCUACGCCCGUCGUGACUGCCGCAGUCAUGAACAACAAUGGUCCCAGCGCCGAGGAUGCGUCGGACGGCAUUGAGCGCCUGACCCUGACGGACAACGGGCCGCAGCCCCGUCCUGAUUCAGGCGUCACCCCGGGCAUGCCCUUCGACCCCAAGGCCGCUGGUGUGUCUACUGCCGGUCUGCCGAGCCAGUACGAGGUGCCGCCCGCUGCGCCGCCCAAGACCACCACUGCGCCUGCUGCGCCUGCCCCGCCGAGCCCGAGCUCGCGUGACGUCGCGGACGACGACGACCCGAUGGCGAAGGCGCUGGCCGACCUGCGGAACAACCCGCCCGGUCCGAACAGUAUCCGACGCGGGGCGUCUACGCGCCGGACCGACUCGCUCUACGGAGGAUCCCAGGUUAGUAGUGUUGUUGGGGGCGGGAUUGCGCGCGCUGCGUCGCCAGCGACCUCUGCUGUGGGAUCGACACUGAGCCAACGCUCGCACGUGCGCGGAGGUAGUGUCGUCGACAGCUCCCUGAUCCCGCCGGCACAGGGCCACACGGCGGCGGCGCUCGCCAAGUCGAUGGCCGAGUUUGAGCGCCGCGGGCGCAACUCGGUCAACUACUCCAACUAUGCCGACGACGUCGUCGGCGCGCACCCCGCCAGCCGCCCCACCUCGCCAGCAGGCAGCAACCGUGCCCCGUCCCCAGCCAUGAUGCAAGCCCCGUCCCAGCCGGCAAGCCACAUCGCUGACGACGUAAUGCAGCAGUACCACCAGGCCUUCCCCGGCGAGCGCGCCCGCUCCCGCCCCGCGAGCAUCUACUCGAACCGUUCCCGCCAGGGAUCGAUCAACGAGAAGCCCGAGCCGGCCGCGGAGGCGCGCGAGGGCUUUGUCGGUAUUGGCACGGGCAACGCGGCCAGGAGUCCAAGCCCGCAGCCCCAGAGCACGUUCAGGAGCACCUCGCCCGCCCCGCCCAGAAGCAACAGCGGCGGCCUCGGGCCGCAGAACAUUGGCAUCUCGCUCGACGAGCGCGGAGGCGUCGCGCACGACAGCAUGGCCGAGGCGUACCGCCAGCAACAUCUCGAGCAGCAGCGCCAGCAGGAGCAGCAACGCCGUGACCAGCCCCAGCAGGCGUACGGUGGAUACCAGAGCCCGCCGGGCCAGCAGCAGCAGCCUCAGCAGUCGUACCAGCAGCCCCAGCAGCCUCAACAGCAGCAGUACGGCCACCAGCAGCAGCACUCGAUCAGCUCGUCCGGCUACCACGGAAGUGGCUACCAGCAGCAGCCCCAGCAGGCCUAUGGUCAGCAGCCGGCGCAGCAGUGGGCCCUCGCAGCUGCCAUACCCUCGCACUCUCCCGCUCAAGCCCAGCCCGCCCCGACGCAGGCGGUGCAGCGCUCCCCCUCCCCCGCGCCCAACCAAGCCCCACAAGGCGCCUUCACGGGCGAGUGGAGCACGACGGGCAAGCCCGUCCUCUUCUACGUCCGCGCGCUGUACGAUUACACGGCGCAGAGCUCUGCCGAGUUUGAUUUCCAGAGCGGAGACAUUAUCGCCGUCACGGAUACGCCCGAGGAUGGGUGGUGGUCGGGCGAGCUGCUCGACGAGGCGCGCAGGAUUCCGGGCCGGAACGACUUCCCGUCCAACUUUGUUUGCUUGUUCUAA